AGUUUCAGUUUUAGUCGAGCAACGCAACUCGAACGCAACGGUACAUGGGCGGUGCAUGGCGAACAGUACUCAGUGCCCCCGAUAACAACAGCUCUCUCCGAACACCGAACUGCAGUUUAAUUAAAUAAAUAAAAUUAUAUUUUUUUUCAAGUUCAAAUACAUGCAUAGUAAAAGUUGCCUAAAUCUUUUAUAACAACAAUAAUAAGUAGUGCUAAAAUUCCCGAAAAUCAGCAGCCGUGUUUUGAAGUUACGUCAAAAGGAGUCGCGAAAGAAGAAGAGCCAGAGGAGAGAGGAGAAGGCGAAGGCGAAGAGGCAGAGGCAGAGAAGAGGAGAGAGAGCCGAAAAGAAGAACAAUAACAACAAAGCGAACGCACGCGAUAGGAGUAACUGUAAAUGUGAAAGGAUAAAAUAGGAGAAACCCGAAAUCAGCGAAAGGACUUUUUUUUUUUUUGGUUGGUUUUUGUUUUUGGCGCGUCGUCGCCGUUUUGCCUUUUGUUUUUAUUAUUUUUGCCGUUCGUUCGUGUGCCCUUGUUGAUUGCUUUGCAGCCGGCUUUGGCCAACAACAACAAAAAAGGAAAAGAAAAGAAAAGUGAGGUGAGGUGAGGUGAGGUGAGGGAGAGAGAGGGGGUGCAAGCAAGAAGGCGAUACCUAACCACUAGGCUACCAAGCAGCUAGAGCUUAUGUAAAGCGUGCUAUGGAAGCAUGUCGUCCACUUCCAGCUCCGUGCUAACGUUGUCAUCGUUUAAUCUAUUAUUUUUCACCCAAGUGCUCACGGUUCUCAGCUCGACGAUCAAGUACAACGAAUACGCAACGGACAAGGGCGGCAAUGUGAGCAUACCCUGCAUAGCCCAGGGCAACAUCAUGUGGGUGAAAGAGCACGGCAACAACAGCACAAUAGUCCAGUCUGGUCGUGUUUUGGUGCUGCGCAAUGUGAGCACUACGGAUGCUGGAAUUUACGUGUGCUUUGCCUCGCUGCCACGCCCAUCGACAACUGCAACUGCAACAUCAGCAACUACCUCACCGCAAAAUCAGCAGGAGAACACUGUGAAAGCAUCCCAACCAGUGGAGGAUGAGAACGGCAAGGACUCCAAGGACUCCCAGCAGGAAACCCAAGUGGAGCAGGAGGAGUUAGAGGUGGAGUACCUAGCGAAACAGCGAACCAAGCUCGUCGUUCGCACGGUUCCCGGUCCGGUGUCGCAGCUCUACUUCAAGGCCUCCACCAUACUGGGCUUCCUCAUCUGGCGCUUCAACAAGACCCAAUCCGGGGGUUAUCCGGUGCGCAGCUUUACGGCGGAGUACCGCAAUGUGUCCUACAAAACGCCGCCGGCGAACGCCAGUUUCGAGCACGCCUGGAGCAGGAUGGAUCCCAUCAACAUAGCCUUCAAUGUGCGUCAAAUGGAGGUCUAUCGCCUGGCACCCAACACCACAUAUGAGUUUCGGAUAUGGGCCAACAACGAGCUGGGCAGCGGCGAGGUGGUGACCACCAACGUGACCACGCUGCCGGAGACCAAGGAAGAGGCCGGACGUGAAAUGUUUGCUUUUGCCGUUGGAUGUUGUUUAUAUGUAUAUUUAAGUCCCAAUAUUAUAUAUUCUAUAUGUAUGUAUGUACAUAGCCUUAGUGCGGCUGCUGUGCUGCUGUGACCUGUAAAUAAAAUAGCAUACGAAAUGCAUUCGUAAAUGUAUUUGAUAUGUAAAGCUCUACAGGCCAAAAACAAAUAUUGAUUACGGCAAAUAGAUUAGCAAAAUUGUCAUUAAUUUUCUUAUAGUUAUUCAUUAAGCAGCUUCCGUAAUUAUGCAAAUUAUGUUUGAUAAUAAUGUUUAAAAGAAUGUAGGUCCAAUUAAGUUCUGUAAUAUAUUCGUAGACAUAGUUUAGGUAAAAUGGUCAAACAGUUUUGUAAACUCUCAUUAAAUCAGUAGGAUUUUGUUGCACAUUUUGGUGGUAAAUCAGAAGCUAGCCACAAAAAUGUUUUUAUUAUAGAAAAAAAUAGUUCUCUUUAAACCAUAAUAACAUUCAAAACAUAACAAAUAAAAAAGGCAGCUGAAAUUUUAUAACAAAUGUAUAUAAAAUCACUUUGCUUACAUUGAUUGUGAAAUUUUAGUGUUAGAGCCGCAGUACAAGAUGCGUGUAUUUAUUUACUUAAUACCCCCCUAAAUAGAACCUAUAGCCUUAAGUAAUGAAAAGUGUAAUUUCCGCUUUAACAAAAACCAAAAUGCUAAUUCAGUCCUAGACCAAAAAGAAAACAAAAAGCUUUAAGCACUUUAACUGUGAUAGCCUGCACUUGUAGCCAAAAAAUCAAUCAAUGAAACGAAAACGAAACCGAAAUCAAUGCAAAAACCGUCUAAAGGUCUCAGCCAAUUUUAUGCUUUACUGCAACAAAUAAAUAAAAACAUAUUGCUAAAUAAAUAUUGUAAAAUGCCUAGACCAAAGACAAAGCUUUAUCAAUGUUGUAACCGUGUAUGUACUUUACUUUACUGAAUAUUUAUGUGUUAUUUGCAUUUGCAACGAUAAAAUCCAUAAAAGCACGACAAUUAAAUGUUCUGAAAAACUGAAAGAGUGGAUUGUAUAAAAUGUUUCGUUGAGUAUUUAAUUUAGUUUUGUUUUGAGAACACUUGAGCUUGGAUUUCAAUAGAAAAUGCACACAAAACACACAGAAAGACACAUUAUAAAUACAAUUACUAUAUACGCGCAUAUACAACUGUGUUCAAAAUCAUAAAACUAUUUGCAUAGUUUUCAAAAAUUUCGAAAGAAGUUUAAGAGUAAUUUUAAGCUAGAUUUUAAAAAUCUUUUAUUUAAAGGGACCAAUUUUUAAACGUUUA